AUGGCAUUCGCGCAAUCCUCAACUGUACAUGGAGGACCUCCAACUAAGAUAUCGAAUAACGCAAAUGAACACGCAGAUCAUGUCCCGUCUGACGACGAUGUCCUCUCUGUCAAGUAUAUACUGAAGAAUUGCGGCCUCCCCGUCGAGAUCAUCGACGAUACACUCGAAUUUGCUCAAUACUGGCCAUGUAUCCACGAAAGGAGAAUCAUUGAAGCGCGCGCUGCUGCCGAUUACCGGGUUGGAGAGACAUAUCCGGACGCCGGCUGGUGCUAUAUCGUCUCCCCUCCUGUUCCCCAAGGCAUCAAAGUGCGGGCAGUAAAAUUUGUAAUAGAGAGUCGUGACCAGGGUUGGGGAGGCGAGCCAAGGCACCGAGGGACCUACGAGGGAUCGUGGACCUGGUUCGAGGCCGCAAUAAUACGCGGAGAACCAUGGUGGCUCAGCGAAGUCCUGGAGGGGCCUGUAGAUCUGUACAAGAAGGGUUUGGCAGAGGACUCGCGCAGUGCAGCACGAGCGGCUGAAGUACGAUCCCACGAGGAGGAAGGCAGCAGAUGGCACAUCGGAGUCAACGUUACUGCCACAGGCUCUUACAAGGAACAUACGUUUGUCUGGCCACGCAUGUAUGAAGACAUCAAACAACAAUCGAUGAAAGGUCUGGUUGGCCUCUCACACGAGUUCGUGAGGCUACUUAAGCCUGGAGAUAGGGUAGCGGUGAUGGCUAGGGCUAUGGUGAUCCCUCCUUCUAAAUCAACUCAAUUUCCUGGCUGGGCUAAUAAUGUCAAACGUGCCUCGAUAGAUUUAUACUAUGCUAGAUGA